CUUGACGGAAGUGAAACAAUUGCAACCUAUAAAAUGGCAGAGAAUGAAAGGAAAGUUUCAUACUUGCUAAACCUUUUGGGCAGAAAACGGACUGCCAAAGAAACCGAGGACGACACUCCUUUAGACAGCGAUUCCGAUUACGAAGACAUGAUUGCAACUACUCCCAUUAGUCAUAAAGCCAAUCUUAUUGAGUCGAUAGCAAAAUCUCAUACCAGUUUCGACCCCUCUCUUUCAUCAGUGACGGAUGACUACGACUCACAAACAACCAUAGUCCAGGAUGAGACCGAGGACCUCAUCCUCGAGUCAUUCAAAGAACAUCCUGAUUUGGCUUUCAACUACUCUGGCCACAAGAAAUACAUCGAGAAAUCUUUGAAUGCCAAGUUGCCAGCAGGAUACUUUGUGCUCGAUCCAAAUCAUCCCUGGAUGAUGUACUGGCUUUACAAUGCACUCAAUGUCAUCACCAUCGAUGAUGAGAUUGAGGCACGGUUUGCGGAAUUGGUCGACGCAAAAAUAUCUAGUUGUAUUAUAGAUAAUGGGCUCAAUGGAAUAGCAGGAGGUGCCAAUCAACUUGGACAUGUGGCAGCAACUUAUGCAGGAAUCUUAGCAUUAGUAUCGACCAAGAACUACGAGGUAUUGACAAUAUUAAGACCAAAUCUCUACAGGUGGUACUUAUCAUUAAAGAGGGAAGACGGAUCAUUCUCAAUGCAUGUUGAUGGUGAGAGUGACACUAGAUCGACGUACUGUGUGCUUGUCGUUUGUUCGCUAUUGAACAUGCUCACACCUGAAAUCACCCAAGGCACCUUGGAAUGGCUCAAUCGAUGUCAAACUUACGAAGGGGGUUUCGCAGGCACACCUGACACAGAGGCCCACGGCGGAUACACGUUUUGUGCCGUAGCCAGCUACUUCUUAUUAUUCGCUGAUAAGGCAGAAUUCCACACUUCCAAGUCAUUCAACUUGGCCUCGCUUAUCAGAUGGAGCGUGCAAAGACAAUACCAAGUGGAAGGAGGUGUCAGUGGCCGUACAAACAAGUUGGUUGAUGCAUGUUACAGUUUUUGGAUAGGUGCCUUGUUCCCUCUCUUGGAGUCUAUUUCCAACGACAUUGAGCUCUUCAAUCGUGAUGGUCUCAGGAACUACAUCUUGAGAUGCGCCCAGGCCGAUCAAGGGGGAUUUAGGGAUAAACCAGGGAAACUGGUGGAUUUCUACCAUACCAACUAUACUUUAUGUGGAUUGAGCAUUUGCGAGCACUUGGUCGGGUUGACGGACCAACAAGGAGAAGAUCCCUUGGCGUUCAAUUUCAAGGUACGAGGAGCAAUUGAAAAAGUGCAUACCAAACCGGUCAACCCCGUGUUUGGCUUGCCAAUUGAGGUGAUUAAUGAAGCAAGAAUUAAUUUAAACGUCAGAGAGGGGGUGGAGAGACUUCGCAUUUAGCAGAAUGUACAAGAUUUUAGGUUGCAUCAUGCUGCUACGACCGCAACCUCAAAGAGAAAUGGCACGCCAAACUUUAAUAGUGUGUCAGACUGUUGUGUCUUCCCUAACUCGGUGCCGCAUUCCUGCAGACGUUGUAGCAUCAUAUUAGUAUCCUUAAUAGUUAUGUUUUACGAAUCUACUAAACUCACGA